AUGCCCGCUGCCACCGCCAACGUCGCCGCCGCCCCUCACUCGGCGUCGGAAGCGGACCAUCCCGGCAGAGUGAACGACGGCGACAGGAGCGCAAAGGUGCUCGACAAUGUCCUGCACGCCAUCCUUGGUCAGCUUGCCGGCGGCACCGAUGGCUCAGCUGUCACCGGCAACAAGCGUCACGCCGUCACUGAUGCCCCGUCUGCGGCCGCCUUUGAAGCAGCAUCUCAGCUCGUGGCCAGGGACAUGGUCGAUGCGCGCGCCACAGACACCGGCGCGGCUGCUGGCGUCGACCGCUCCCAGGACGACACAGCCUCCCAGGAGGCCAACGCGCACAUGCUUAACCGCCUGCUCGUCAACCGGCUCGUGGUGCCGCUCACGGACCUUCGCAGCAAGAGCUAUGCCCUGCUGCGGUCCGACCCGGAUCGCAAGGCCAUCACCAUGUCGCGCGUGCUCGAGACGCUCGAGGCGACCAUGCGCGCCUCGCCCAAGUUCCUCGAGCACCUGUUCGUCUGCCAGCAGCCGCAUGCCGCUGCCGGGGCAGGGCCAGCACGCUUCCACAACACCACCUUUGAUGUGUGGCUCGCACCCCGCCUUCUGGCCGCCUCGGCCGCCGCUGCGACUCUGCUCGUCAGCCGCUCUUCCAGCGCGACGGACGCCUCGGCCCCGCUCCUGGACUCGAUGCAUCGGACCACCGUCCGGGUCCUCGCCUCGGUCCUCGAGAUCUCCCUCGACUCUCUCAACCAGGUCGACAACGUCCGACUGGUCCUGAUCGAAUCGCUCAGGGCAGCGGUCCAGGCGCUCUCCAAGGUCGGCUCGCCGUCGUUUAUGCCUGAAGUCGUGCUCCCGCCUGCGAUCCUCGUCGGCCUGGACCACAGAGGAUCUGGCGUGGAUCGCUCCGACGUGGAUGCCGACAACCUCGAGGUUCGAUUCUUCUCUAGCGAUCGGCACCCUCGGGGCUUUCGGUUGAGCUCGAGGCAGGAUCGGCCGAAACCGUCGGACCAGCUGGUGGCAGGCAUGGCCGCGGACCCCAGCGCGAGCUCAAGCUUUUCCUUUCGUCUUAUGGAUGACCCGGAGUGCAACCUUCGGCGCCAAAUUACGGCCCACGCCCUGCUCCUGGCAGCCAUCGAGCUCUGCCUAUGCGUCUCGUCCCACUUUCCCUCGGAGACCCGCGACCUCGGCGACCUUGCUGUCCAGCUGCUGCUCUCGAGCUGGCAGUUUGACAGCCUCGCCACUCGCGCGGGCGCUAGACAGCACCCGCAGGGACUGCCGUGGCAGCUCCAUGCCUGGAGGCUCGACGUGGUCGUGACGCACAUCGAUGCCAUCCAUCGACAAUCUCCCAUCGCUGCGAGCCGACUGAUGGCACUGCUAGCGAUGACAUUGGCCCACGCAGUCGAGGGCGGCCUCGCAGACGAUUCAUCGCCCGAAUCUGCCGCCAACGAUGUGCAUCAAGAGGCUGCGCUGCUCCAAGCGCUGAAAAGAGCAGUGGACGCCAUGCGGACAUCGGACGGACCGGCGCGCGAUGGCUUCCUGGCGCAGCUCCACCCACACUGUGCUUCAUUGGUGCGCGAAGUUGUGCAUAGCCUGAGCCAGGAGGAGCUGGACAGGCUCAUCGGCGAACACGACGAUGCCGGCAAGUCGGCGUUGCAUACAGUCGCGGCCAAAAAGAGCUGCGUGAUGGCGGCAGUGCUGCUCAUCCUGGAAGGUGGCAGCCGUGUCGCUGCCAAACAGGAGACAGAACUACGACGCUUCGGCGACGAGCGGCUCUCCUGGGACCAAGAAGGCACCGAAGAGCCGUCCAGCGACACGCUUCCGCAACGAUACAUGUUCGCCGGCAUCUCUCGGUCAGACGCCGAGCGGCUGCUGGCGGUGCUAGCCGGACAGAGGCAUGCCCCGAUCGCAACAAGCUCGAGGAAGCGCAAGCGCGAAAGCUCCUCGCACACGGCCGGACCCGAUGGUCGCACUGGCAAGAACAGCACUGCGUCCUCUGACGGGAAUGCCGUGUCCAUCCAGGACGUGCUGGCACAUUUCGAAGCUUAUGGGCCCGACCUCGCGAGCCUCCAAGCUGGAUUGAGCACGACUGCCCUCAAAGAAGCGGGCCAUCUGCUGCCGCGCUGCCGUCUCGAGGCGGCCCUCGCGUGUGCCACCGCCGGCACCCUGCGACGUCUCGAGGCAUCUUCACGUGCGGACGGGUUGUCGGAGGAGUCUUCACUCUGGAGAUGCAUCAGUUGCGACGAGGGGCAGGAACUCGGCGAGGGCGAUGCCGCCGGUCGCCCGCCACAAGCGCUGGCACCGUCCGUGGUGGCGGCGUGGGUGAGCUUCACGGGCCGCAUGCUGAGUGGCCAACUGCCGUUCGCCGCGCCGUGCCUCGACGCGCUGCGCCGUCUGAUCCUCCACGCAUCCGACGAGGCUGUGUGGGCCAUCGUCGACGAGAGGAUUGCGGCGAUCGUCGCGAUGGGUCUCGAACAUCGUAUGAGGAGCGCGCGGCUCGCCACCGGCGACAUGGCCACGGCCUUCCUGUCGCGCAUCGUGGCGGUGGCGACGCGCUUGAACGUCGAGGCCGAGGUGAGGAGGCAGCGGAUCUGGAACGUCGCCGGCAAGCCCUUUGGCCUCCUCGACAGCCUCCGACCCAAGUUGCAGGAGGCGGCCAUCUUUGCCGUCGCUUCGCUCGUUUCGGUGCCCGACGACCACCUGCAGGGCUCCUGCCUGCUCUCCUUGACGCUCAAGCUGAGCUGCCCCAACCCGCUGCUCCGGGCGCUCGCGCACACGCAGAUCGUGCAGCUGGCGGCCCGGCGGCGGUGUACGACGUUCCAGCUGCUCCGGCCCCAUCUAGGCCUCAUCAGCACCAGGAUCGUGGACCUCUUCAGCUCGAUGCCCGACCUGUGGACGGGCGUGCUCAACCUCCUCAAGAUGACCCAGCAGGGCUUCUUCAAUGCCACGAUCGAGUACACGCUGCCCCACCUGAUCGACAUGAUCUGCAGCGGCGCCGGCACGGGCGACGAGGGACGCAGGAUGGUUGAGCUCAUCGCCCGCGCGCUGGGCACCAGCGUAGCCAAGAUGUGCCUCAACCACAUCACCGCCAUCUUCAAGUACGUCUUUCUGCGCAUGAGCGCCAAGCGGACCGAGGCCUUCGCCGUCCUGCUCGACCUGAUCGCCAUCGACGCCGCCAACAUGAAGAGCCUGCUCCGCAGCCGGCAGCACGACGUUGUCGGCUACCUCGUCGUCAAGCUUGGCGACGUUGCGACGCGCACCAGCGCCUACGAGGGGCUCGAGUACAUCGAAGAGACGAUCAACGACUCGGCAGCCGCACACAGGCAGCGGGGCCAGCAGCAGCAAGCCAACAACAAGCAGCGCGUCGCCAGAUUCCUCCGUGAUGAGAUCCUCGCGGUGCUGGCCUGGGUCAACCAGGAGCUGAUGGGCGAGCACGGUAAGCGAUCCGUCUCUGAAAGGGCUCAGGCGGCCCGCAGCAUCGGUGCGCUAGUCGAGAUCAUCGGCCCCCCCAUCAGCGCCGUCACGCCACAGAUUAUGGCGACGCUCAACAGCACGCUGCAGGCGCCGGGCCUGGCGCAGAGCACGCUAGAGAGUUGGCGCGUCUUCAUCACGACGAUGAAGUUUGACGAUAUCGGGCCGUUUGUGGGCCAGACGGCCGCCGCGCUGCUGUCGGCGUGGCCGCAUCUCGAUCCGGCCUCGCGUGAAUUGGCCACCGCGAUCCUGCGGUACCUGGUCGUCGACAACGCCGAGCACCUGACGUCGUUCAUCAAGGACAUCCCCAGCCUCGACAGCCUGGACGCCGAGAUCCCCACCAUCGCACGCAAGCUGCGCGGCCUGCGCGACGGCUGGAACCCGGACAGCCGCCUCAAGAACAUCCUCGACCGGGCAGCCCACGAAAACUCGGCCAUCUGCCUGCAGUCGCUGCACGAGCUCCGCACCUUUCUCUCCGAGGAGAAGGAGUACGUCCAGAACCUCACCUCCGGCGACGCGUUUGGCCCGCUCGUGGGAGACUGCGUCAGGACCCUGUUUGCGGCCGCAGCCAAGAGCGACAGCCUCCAGGACGACAUCCGCAGUCUCUGCUUCGACUGCCUGGGCGCGAUCGGCGCCGUCGAUCCGGACCGGUUCGAUUCGAGCUUCGACGAGCCGAUCCGGACCAUGCUCCACAACCUCGAGGAUCCGGACGAGUCGAUCGACUUUGCCAUCCACCUCAUCCGCGACCUCCUCGUGCCGGCCUUCCGCGCAACCGACGACACGGGCCACCAGUCGGCGCUUGCCUACGCGAUCCAGGAGCUGCUCAAGGUCUGCGGUUUUACGCCGGCCGUCCUGGCGUCCGGAUCGAGCGCGAGGCCCGUCUCGGUCAAGACGCGGCAGCGCUGGUCGGACCUGCCCCAGGCGACGCUCGACACUGUGAUACCGCUGCUCGACUCCAAGUACAUGGUCCAGGUCGGCCGGUUGACGAUCCGCGAGACGCCGAUCUACCUUCACACGCGGUCCUACCGCGAGUGGCUCCAGGGCUGGGCCAACCAACUCAUCUCGGGCAUCACCGACGAGAAGGCCAUCUCGGUCUUUGGCAUCUUCCGCAUCGCCAUCCGUGACCAGGACAUCACCAUCGCCCGCCAGAUCCUCCCGCACGUGCUGCUCCACACGCUCAUCUCUGGCAGCGACCAGGCCAAGGGCGAUAUCCAGCUCGAGUUCAAUGCGGUCCUGACCGACCAGGUGGACCCCAAGACGGGCUACGAUGCCGAGCGCAGGCUGCUGUCUGCGCAGACCAUCUUCGGGCUGAUGGACCACCUGGGCGUCUGGAUGCGGCUCAAGCGGCAGAGCAUCUCGAAGCUGUCGCGCAGGGGCCGCCUGCCCAAGGCGGAGGAGGCGCUGUCGUCGGUCGAGUCGCUCACCGCAUCCAUCUCGCAGGAGCUGACCGCCCAGGCCUCGCUCCAGUGCAAGGCCUACGCCCGGUCCCUGCUCAACUUUGAGCAGCGGAUCCGAUCGCUCAAGACCGACAGCGGCCGGCAGGACGGCGAGCUGCAGACCUACUAUGAGCACCUCCACCAGAUCUAUGCAUCGCUCGACGAGCCGGACGGCAUGGAGGGUAUCUCGACCAGGGUCGUCUCGCCCUCGCUCGAGCACCAGAUCCGCGAGCACGAGAGCACCGGCCGCUGGACGUCGGCGCAGAGCUGCUGGGAGGUCGAGCUGCAGCAGCGGCCCGACGACGCGUCGCUCCACGUCGGACUGCUGCGGUGCCUGCGCAGCCUGGGCCACUACGACACGAUGCGGACGCACAUCCGCGGCGCCUUGAGCGUCCACCCGGAGUGGGAGCCGCUGCUGGCCUCUUUCCAGGUGGAAGGCGCCUGCAUCCUGGGCGACUGGGAGCAGCUCGAGUCUUCGCUGUCGAGGGAACCGACGGCCGACAGCCCCGAGCACGCCAUCGGCCGCGCCAUCCUGGCCAUGCGGUCCAAGGACUCUGGCAGCUUCGACGCAGUCAUCACCGACGCGCGUCGGCAGCUCGGCAAGCCCAUCGUAGCCGCCGGCAAGGGCUCCUACUCUUCCAUGUACGACGUGGUGCUGCAGCUGCACAUGCUCCACGAGCUGCAGCUAAUCCGCGGCGCCCACGAGGGCAUCAUGCUGCCGUCGGCCAGCGCCAACGCCCUAAACCGGUCGCUGACUUCGCGUUUGAACGCCACGCUGCCCUCGUUCCGGACGCGCGAGCCCAUCCUCAGCCUUCGGCGGACCGCCUUCUCGGCCAUCGAACUCAACCCCGCCCUGCGCACCGAGGUCGGCAAUGCCUGGAUCGCCACGGCCAAGAUUGCGCGACGCGCCGGACACCGCCAGACCGCCUACUCGGCGAUGCUGCAGGCCACCCAGUGCCAGGCGCCCUUUGCCUUCAUCCAGCGAGUCAAGCUCCUCGCGCUCGAUGAGCAGACGCACAAGGCCAUCCAGGACCUCAACAACUCGAUCCAGUCGGUCGCAGCGGCGGUGGCGCCCAACACGAACGCCACCGCCACGGCCGGAGCGGGCGCCCCUACCGACUCCACGGCCGGGGCACGGGCGGUGCAGAUCGACCGCACUGCGUACGCCAAGGCCUGCCUGCUGCGGGCCCGCCUGCUCGAUGCGACGUUCCGCUACGGCCCGACCGAGGUCUACGAGCGGUAUAAGGAGGCGGUGACCGAGCAUCCGAGCUCGGAAAAGAUGCUCUACUACUUUGGCCACUACCAGGACACGCACGAGCGCGUGCUGCCCAACCCGCUGAUGCAGCGCUUCAACGUGUGCAAGGCGCUGCUCCGCUCGGCGCAGGUGGGCACCAAGUACUUUUACCGCACGCUGCCGCGCGUGCUGACCAUCUGGAUGGAGGUGGCCGGCGACCCGGCCAUCAUCAAGGCCACGUCGUCCCGAUCGGCGAGCAGCAGCGCCUCGGCGUCGGUGCAGGAGAACGUCGACACGUUCCGCAAGCUCAACCAGCUGAUGGCCAAGUACAGUCGCAAGCUGCUGCCGUUCCAGUGGCUCGCCGUCUUCCCACAGCUGGUGGCAAGGAUCGUGCAGAAGAACGACGAGGCGUGGCGCGUGCUGCUCGACAUCAUCGUCCAGGUCGUCUUGGCCUACCCGCAGCAGGCCAUGUGGUCGAUGGUGGCUGGGUCCAACAGCAAGGACGGCGAGCGGCGGAAGCGGUUCGGCCAGAUUGUCGCCACCGUCGGCAGCAAGGCGCCCGCCACGCAUCCAAAUCUCAAGGAGGUGAUGCGGAUCGUCACGGGCUCCCAGAGCCUGGCCAAGGAGCUGCUGCGCCUGUGCGACUACGACGUGCCGCGCCAGACGACGGUGCUGAGCACCGACGAGCAGUUCCCCGGGCUGCAGAACGCGGCGGCGUCGUGCGAGCUGCUGCUGCCGCUGCAGUCGUCGAUGACCAUCAGCCUGCCGUCGAACAACGUCGUGACGGCCGAGCACCGCCCCUUCGCGCCCAACCUGCCCAUGAUUGCCGGGUUCGAGGACCGGAUCGAGGUCAUGAACUCGCUGCAGAAGCCGCGCAAGAUGAUCAUCCUCGGCAGCGACGGGCGGCAGUACCCGUUCCUGUGCAAGCCCAAGGACGACCUGCGCAAGGACGCGCGGCUGAUGGAGUUUGACGGCAUGAUCAACAAGCUGCUGCAGAGCAACGCCGAGUCGCGCAAGCGCAAGCUCUACGUGCGCACCUAUGCGGUGCUCAUCCUCAACGAGGAGCACGGCCUGAUCGAGUGGGUGGCCCACACCGUCGGGCUGCGCCACGUCCUCACCCGGCUCUACAACGCGCGCGGGCUGGCCAUCUACAACCACGACAUCCGCAAGAAUAUGGACGAGGCGAGGCUGGCGCACGACUCCAAGACGACCGAGGUCAUCUUUGAGACAAAGGUGCUGGCCAACUUCCCGCCCGUCUUUCACGAGUGGUUCCUGGCCACGUUCCCGGAGCCCUCGGCGUGGCUGAGCGCGCGGUCGUCGUACGCCCGCACCGCCGCCGUCAUGUCGAUGGUCGGCUUCGUGCUGGGGCUGGGCGACCGCCACGGCGAAAACAUCCUGUUUGACGCGAGCAGCGGCGAUACGGUCCACGUCGACCUCAAUUGCCUCUUUGACAAGGGGCAGAAGUUUGAGAUCCCAGAAAGGGUGCCGUUCCGGCUGACGCACAACAUGGUGGAUGCCUUUGGGGUCACGGGCUGCGAGGGCGUCUUCCGCAAGAGCGCAGAGGUGACGAUGACGAUCCUGCGCGAGAACCGCGACUCGCUGAUGAGCGUGCUCGAGGCCAUGGUGCACGAUCCGCUCGGCGAGUGGGGUGCGCCCGAGGAGAGGGCGAGGUCCAAGAACUCGGCCCGACCGGAUCCGCGCGUUGCCGAGGCAAGGCGUGCGCUCGACCCGGUGGCCAACAAGCUCGACGGCCGGAUCUACCGUCUGGGCGAGAGGGAGCCGACGCCGCCCUACUCGACCAACAACCUGGUCGACUCGCUCAUCAAGGAGGCCACCAGCUCCAACAACCUGGCCAAGAUGUACGUGGGGUGGAGCAGCUGGCUUUAA